GAGAUCUUGACUGUACUAUGUAUGAGGAAACUACUGUCAGACUACACAAAUUCUGGACAAUGCAGAUAAACAACAAGCAUUCAACUCUGAUCAAUUGAAACUGUACUGUAAAAGAAGAAGCCAGAUUCAAGUUUAUGUUUACAACCAAAUGUCUUUCUGAAGGCCUCAACAUCAACUUUUGAAACAUCGCAUUAAAAUGCAAACCAAUAGCACUCAUCAUUGUGGCCAAUCUAUUCAGCACCUGGUAGCCUCUGUCCUUCCUCCUGUGCUCAUCAUUGAGCUCCUGCUGGGUCUGCCAGGGAAUCUGAUGGCAGUGUGGGUUUUCAUGCGCCACCUUCAGUACUGGAAGCUGCACAUUGUGUUUCUCUUAAAUCUGGUCCUGGCUGAUUUCUUGCUUCUGGUAAGCUUACCUUUCCGAAUUGACUACCUUCAGAAAGGGGAAGAUUGGGUGUUUGGUGAUGCUUGGUGCCGGAUUAACCUGUUCAUGCUUUCAGUCAACCGGUCAGCAAGUAUUGGCUUCAUGACUGCUGUGGUUGUGGAUCGAUUCUUUAAAGUAGUCCAUCCACACUGUAAAAUGAACUUCAUCAGUUCACAGCAGGCUGCAGGGAUAGCUUGCUUCAUCUGGGCUGUGGUGAUCUCACUGCGGAUCCCUCUUCUGCUGGCUGGCGAUCUCCUAUGGAAGGCGAACAACAUCUCUCUCUGUCGGAGCUUCAACAGCUAUGAGAACCCAUCAUUAGGGAUCUGGAUCCACUACAUAGUGUAUAUUGGUGAGUUCUUCUUCCCACUAGUGCUGUUAAUUUUUUGCUCCAUUCGAAUCGCCUGCACUCUACGCUGUAGCCAGAUAGACAAGAAGAAAGUGAGACGGGCUACUCACACUGUCUUGGUAAUUGUUGGGGUUUUCAUCAUUUGCUUCUUCCCUGGCAUUGCCACAGGACUAACUGGACUACAUCUAAAAAAAAUGGGAAGCGAAUACUGUCAUGCUUACAAACUAUUAGGUGAACUGUUCAGCCUGUCCAUUGGUUUCACGUACCUGAACAGUGCCCUGGACCCUCUCAUCUACUGCUUCUCUAGCUCCAUGUUUAGGAAUGAAGUAAAGAGAGUCAUCAAUUGGUUUGGACUGGUAGAGCUACAGCUCAGUCACCAUGGCACAACAGUGAACACACGUGAUGGCUGAGGAGGUGAAUGCUCCAGAAAGAAAACUAUAGUGCUAUCAGAAUUUAUAUUUCACAUGCUUUAUUUUUCCAUUUUAAUGUAUUUAAAAUGCUUUGGCCUGAUUCAUAAAACUCAUAAGAGUAGAUACUGCGCUAUGCCACAUGCAAUGUGUGGUACAGUAAUCAAGAGCUAUUCAUGAAGUCAUAGUGGUGGUGAUUAGCACACUGGUGUCUUUUUAAUGCUGUGUUUUUUUUUUCAUUACAUUUUAAAAUAGAAUCAUUUUUUUAAAUAAAAGAAAAUCAAAAAACUGUUUGUUGAACU